AUGUUUCAAAACAUACAAACUAUAAUAUUAGAUAUAAACGAUGGUGAAAUGAAAACAGGUUAUUCAGGCGAAUGUACGCCAAGAUAUAAUUCUAAUUUAAUUUUAGGAUUACCAUUAGGCCAUAAUGCUACAUUGAAACAUACUAUAUUUCCAUUAUUACCAGAUGUUAAAAGAGAUAAUGUAGAAUUAUUAUAUGGAAUAAAAUAUAUAUAUGACGAAAAUAAUAAUAGUAGAUAUGAUAUAAAUUUUGAUGUAAUGGAAAAAUUGUUUGAAGAUAUUUCAGGUAGUAAAGCAUUAGACGAUAAUUUCCAAGAUCAUCCUAUUUUAUUAACAGAACCUAAUAAAACAGAUAGAAAAUAUCGAGAGAAAUUUACAGAACUUAUGUUCGAAUCAUAUAAUGUGUAUCAAUUAUUUUUAUCUAGAAGAAGUGUUUUGUCUUGUUAUGGAUGUGCUAGAACAUCAGGAUUAGUAUUACACGUAGAAAAAAAUUGUACGAAUUUAUGUGGUAUUCAAGAAGGUUAUGUCUUUCAAAAACAUAUAGAAGAAGCACCUAUUGGUGGAGAUUUAAUAGAUAGAAUAUAUUUAUCAUACUUAGAAAAUAUUAAAAAUUUUAAAAUAUAUCCAUAUUUCUCUAUUGAAAAAAAUACAAAUAAUUUAGAUAAUAAAAAUUAUGAUAUAAAAAUAUUAAAAUGUCCUCUAGUUACAAAAUCUUAUUAUUUAUGGGGAUCACUCUAUGUUGUUAAUCAAAUGAAAGAAAAAAUAAUAAAUGAUUCUCAAAAUAUAACUGAAAAAAAUAAAAAUAAUAAUAAUAAUAAUGCUGAUCUAUACGAAAACAAAAAUGUAUAUAAGUUACCAGAUGGUCAAAUAAUUGAUCAUAAUACAACAGAAUCAUUAAAACUUAUUUUCCCUUAUAUAUUCUUUAGAAAAAAAUAUAAUCAAAACAAUAUAAAUAAAUUAUGUACAAAUACAGAAAUAUUUCAAAAUUUUGAUUUUAAUGAAUUUUAUAAUUCCUUAAAAAAUUUAAAAUUACCAAUAUUACAUAAAUAUAAUUAUAAAAUCAAUACAACUAAUUCUAUUAUAGAAAAAAUACCAGAUAAUUCAUUAGACAAAACAACCAAUAUAUGUUAUUCUGAUCAAAUAGAUAGCUUUUUUGAAAUAUUUGACGGAUUACAAGAUUUUAUUAAAAAGGGAAUUUUAUCAUUCAUAUCAUCUAAUAUAAAUAUUGACGAUGUUCUUAACUUUUUAAUUAUAACUGGAGAAUCAACCAUGCUCCAUAAUUUUGUAGGAUUAUUAAAAUCUUACUUACCCUUUAUAGAUACCAUAAAAGAAAAAAGUACUAAGCUAAUUUAUAGCAAAGGACCUGAUAGAAAAUGUAACUGCUUUAUCGGUGCUUCCAUUUUAUCAUCUCUUGGUACAUUCCCACAAUUCUGUAUGACCAAAAGUGAGUAUGAAGAAUAUGGAGUUAGAAAUAUUGUGGACAAAAAGUGUGCCUAA